UGAAAGUUUUUCAAAUUAAAGGAAGUGGUGCAGCAUUUUUAACAAUUAAUGGAAAAAAAUAAGAAAAUUCAUAAUUAUUGAAAGAAAGGAAUUGAAAAAAUUAAACGGAUCUUCAAUAAUAUGGAAAAGAAGUCUGAGAUGGAAGAGAUAGAGGACUAUAUCAGAAUGAAAGCAUUUACAUUUUCGACAUUCACGAUGCCCAGCACCUUGUUCAAUGUCAAGAUGAGUGCAACCAAAAACGGUUCCAGGAACAAAAAUUCCAGCUGAGUCAUUCUUGUGUGUGUGUGAGUCGAUAAACCUGGAAGUGCAGAUCCGCAUAUUAUUCAAAGAAAAUAUUACACGAUGGUCAAAUUUCGAUAUAGUCGAAAAAGGGAAAAAAAAAAAAAAUUCGACGAAAUGGAGAACACCUGAUGUACGGAGAUUGGAGAAAUCCCAUUGAUAUCGAAGGCAUCCACAAAUGGAUUGUACAAACUGGUGGGGGAUCUUGCUCGCCAGACACGAGACAUACCUGAGAAGCGGACGUGUGAAUUCUUUUUCCUGAAGUUGACCCGCGUACACGUGAUUAAUCUCUCUCUCUCUCUCUCUUUCUCUCUGUCUCAAUUUUUUUUUCUCGCUGUGGAGAUUUUUAUGUGAUUAUUAUUUUAAAUAAUUUUAAUUUCAAAAAAGAAGAAAGGACAACAAAAAAAGAGAGAAAGAGACAGAACAAUGAAUCGUUGAUGAUGAUGAUGAUGAUGAUGAUGAUGAUGAACAUCAAACUCCCGAGAAGCUGUGAGAUCUAAUGUGCAAUGUUCGGAAACCUGCGGGUGCGAAAUUGUGACAAUGGUACACCGGACGUCUCGUUUCACAUUUCUGUUUUGUGUUGUGUGUGCUCUCUGGAUAUCCUUCGUCGUAGGUGUUGGAGCUCAACGCGCCUUCACAGACAAGCAAAGAUACGACGGAUGGUAUAACAAUUUGGCACAUCCCGAUUGGGGUUCAGCUGAUAGCAGGCUGAUACGAAAAGUGCCGGCUUCUUAUACAGAUGGAGUUUAUAUGAUGGCAGGCCAAGAUCGGCCUUCGCCUCGGAAACUCAGCGAUCUCUUUAUGCAGGGCGAUGACGGACUUCCGUCUGUAAAAAAUAGAACAGCACUGUUUGCUUUUUUCGGGCAACUGGUCACAUCCGAGAUAAUCAUGGCCAGCGAAAGCGGCUGUCCAAUAGAAUUCCAUCGGAUCGAUGUCGAAAAGUGCGAUCCAGUUUUCGACAAAGAUUGCCAAGGCAAUAAAUACAUUCCUUUUCUUCGGGCUGAUUACGAUCGAAGUACUGGACAAAGCCCCAAUAAUCCCCGUGAACAGAUAAAUAAAGUGACAAGUUGGAUUGAUGGCAGUUUUAUAUAUUCGAGCAGUGAAGCUUGGGCGAAUACAAUGAGAUCAUUUAAAAAUGGAAGUUUUCUUAUGGAUGAAAAAAAACGAUUUCCAGUUCGAAAUACGAUGAGAGCACCACUUUUUAAUCAUCCAUCGCCAAAUGUUGUUCGCAUUGAAAGUCCCGAAAGAUUGUAUUUGCUUGGUGAUCCAAGAUCAAAUCAGCAUCCUCCGUUGCUUGCUUUUGGAAUUAUUUGGUACCGUUGGCAUAAUGUUAUUGCAACGAGAAUUCAAAAUCAACAGCCAAAAUUAUCUGAUGAUGAAAUUUUUCAAAAAACACGUAGAAUUGUCGUUGGAACUCUUCAGAAUAUAAUCAUGUAUGAAUAUUUGCCAAUUCUUUUGGGUGAAAAAUUACCACCGUACACGGGUUAUAAACCAGAUUUGCAUCCAGGGAUAAGUCAUAUUUUUCAAAGUGCUGCUUUUAGAUUUGGUCACACCUUAAUUCCACCUGGAAUUUAUCGUCGGGAUUCAAAGUGCAAUUACAAAGUGACUCAAACUGGACGACCUGCUGUUAGGCUUUGUGGUACUUGGUGGGAUUCCACUGAAUUUUAUGUAAAUAAUACAAUAGAAGAACUUAUAAUGGGAAUGUCUUCGCAAUUGGCAGAAAAAGAGGAUAAUGUUUUAAGUAACGAUAUUCGUAAUAAUCUUUUUGGUCCAAUGGAAUUCUCAAGAAGGGACUUGGGAGCCUUGAAUAUAAUGAGAGGUCGCGAUAACGGACUUCCGGAUUAUAAUACAGCGAGAACAUUUUUUAAAUUGCCAUUAAGAAAAACAUGGAACGAAAUAAAUCCCGAAUUAUUUAAUAAAAAUCCCAGACUAUUGAGAAUAUUAAUGGAAAAUCAUGCGAAUAAUUUAAAUAAUAUUGAUAUUUAUGUUGGUGGAAUGCUCGAAUCAAAAAAUGGACCCGGAGAACUUUUCGCUGCUGUUAUUAAAGAUCAAUUUUUACGAUUGCGUGACGCCGAUCGUUUUUGGUUCGAAAAUGAGGAAAAUGGAAUUUUCACUAAAAGUGAAAUUGAGGACAUUCGUCGUGUGAGUUUGUGGGACGUGAUUACAAAUACGACGAGCAUUAUUCCGGAUGCAAUACAACGAAACGUAUUCAUUUGGACUCAAAGGGAUCCAUGUCCACAGCCCUUUCAAUUGAAGGCCUCGAUGCUCGAUGCCUGUGUGCCAUUUAAACGUUACGACUACUUCGAGGGAAGCGAAAUAGUUUACAUCAAUUCGUGCAUUGUAUUGUCAUUGGUACCAAUAGUUGUUAUUGCUGUAGCCUAUGGUCUAGUCAAAUGGCAAAAUAAACGUCGGCGAAAAUUGAAAAUUCUUCAAGAAGUAAUGCGUAAACAAAAGGAUGGCGGUCGUCUUUAUGUGGCUAAAAUGAUUGUACGCGAAUGGAUUCACGCGAAUCAUAGUCGUUUGGUGAAAGUGAAAUUUGGACCGGAAGCUGCGUUACAUAUAGUUGACAGAAAAGGAGAGAAUCUCAGGACCUUGGACUUCACCAAUGUCAACACAAUCAACAUUGAGGAAUCUCAGGAAAGCGAAAGCGGUCAUCGCAAGGCGCUGAUUCUGUUGCGAAUACCUCGUGAUUACGACCUCGUCCUUGAACUGGAUUCCCUGAGCUCGCGUAGAAAGUUCAUUGCGAAAUUGGAGACAUUCCUAUCUUCGUACAAGAAGCACUUCACGUUGACACAGACCAAUCGAGAUAUUAUGCUAGCCAAAGCGGAAACGAGGGAACGUCGUGAAAAGAAGCUCGAGCAGUUUUUCCGCGAGGCAUAUGCUCUUACGUUUGGUCUUCGACCUGGUGAAAGACGUCGAAAAUCUGAGGACAAUGACAACGGAGAAAUCGUCACAGUCAUGAGAACUUCCCUUUCAAAAAGUGAAUUUGCAAGCGCUCUUGGCAUGAAACCCGAUGCUAUUUUUGUUAAAAAAAUGUUUAGCAUCGUUGACAAAGACAAAGAUGGUCGAAUUUCUUUUCAGGAAUUCUUAGACACGGUUUUGCUUUUCUCAAGAGGCAAAACUGAUGACAAGUUGCGUAUUAUUUUCGACAUGUGCGACAAAGAUAGUAACGGAGUCGUCGAUAAGGAGGAAUUCUCUGAAAUGUUGAGGUCUUUGGUAGAAAUCGCACGUACCACAAGUUUAUCCGACGACCAUGUCACUGAAUUAAUCGACGGAAUGUUUCAAGAUGCAGGUUUGGAGAGAAAGGACCACUUGACCUACAACGACUUUAAAUUGAUAAUGAAUGAAUACAAAGGCGAUUUUGUUGCAAUUGGAUUGGAUUGUAAAGGUGCAAAGCAAAAUUUUCUCGAUACAUCGAAAAAUGUUGCACGAAUGACAACAUUUCAAUUGGAUCAAUUUCCCCUUGAUGCGACAAAAUCAUGGAUUCAAAAACAUUGGGAUGCCGUUUCGACUUUCCUUGAGGAAAAUCGACAAAAUAUUUUCUAUCUCUUCAUUUUUUAUGUCAUUACCAUUGCAUUGUUCGUCGAAAGAUUUAUACAUUAUUCAUUCAUGACAGAGCACAUGGACCUGAGGCACAUAAUGGGAGUUGGAAUUGCAAUAACGAGAGGAUCAGCGGCAGCAUUAUCAUUUUGUUACAGUCUCCUCUUGUUGACUGUAUCGAGGAAUCUUUUAACGAAACUUAAAGAAUUUUCAAUUCAACAAUAUAUACCAUUGGAUUCGCAUAUUCAAUUUCAUAAAAUUGCCGCUUGUACAGCACUUUUUUUCUCAGUUCUACAUACUGUUGGGCAUAUUGUGAAUUUUUAUCACGUCUCAACUCAACCAAUUGCUAAUUUACAAUGUCUAACGAGUGAAAUUAAUUUCGCCAGCGAUGCUCGGCCUACAAUUACUUACUGGCUCUUUCAAACAGUCACAGGUCUCACAGGAAUUUUAUUAUUUGUCAUUAUGAUAAUUAUUUUUGUAUUUGCACAUCCAAAAAUUCGUCAAAAGGCAUACAAAUUUUUCUGGAUGACUCACAGUCUUUAUGUUGCACUUUAUGCCUUGUGUAUAAUUCACGGACUCGCAAGAUUAACCGGUGAGCCAAGAUUCUGGAUUUUCUUUAUUGGACCCGCUAUUGUUUAUACAUUGGACAAGGUUGUCAGUUUGAGAACAAAAUGUAUGGCUUUGGAUAUAAUUGAAACGGAAUUAUUGCCAUCGGAUGUGUUGAAAAUAAAAUUUUAUCGUCCACCAAAUUUGAAAUAUUUGUCAGGACAAUGGGUGAGAUUGGCGUGCACGUCAAUUAAAUCGAAUGAAUUUCAUUCAAUUACCUUGACAUCAGCGCCACAUGAGAAUUUUCUCUCAUGUCAUAUUAAGGCCCAAGGACCAUGGACAUGGAAGCUGCGCAAUUAUUUUGAUCCCUGUAAUUAUAAUCCAGAGGCGGAACGGCCGAAAAUUCGUAUUGAGGGUCCAUUUGGUGGUGGUAAUCAGGAUUGGUAUAAAUUUGAAGUUGCUGUUAUGGUUGGCGGUGGUAUUGGGGUCACUCCCUAUGCAUCAAUGCUCAAUGAUCUUGUUUUUGGAACGUCCACCAAUCGUUAUUCGGGUGUCGCUUGCAAAAAGGUAUACUUUUUGUGGAUUUGUCCAUCGCACAAGCACUUUGAAUGGUUCAUUGACGUUCUUAGGGACGUGGAACGGAAGGACGUGACUGACGUUCUUGAAGUUCAUAUAUUUAUUACUCAAUUCUUCCAUAAGUUCGAUUUAAGAACUACUAUGUUGUAUAUUUGCGAGAAUCAUUUCCAGAGGCUGUCUAAGAAGAGCAUAUUCACUGGACUACGGGCGAUUAAUCACUUUGGUCGACCUGACAUGACGUCCUUCUUGAAAUUUGUGCAAAAGAAACAUAGUUACGUUAGUAAAAUUGGAGUCUUCAGCUGUGGACCCCGACCAUUAACAAAAAGUGUGAUGUCCGCCUGUGAUGAAGUCAAUAAAGGACGACGAUUACCUUAUUUUAUUCAUCAUUUUGAAAACUUUGGCUGAAACACUUGGAUAUUUAAUAAUAAUAAAAAAAAAGAAUCUUAGUUUAUUUUUAAAAUAUAUUUUAUUUGUUUUUUAAAGUCUCGUUGAAAAUUGUAAAUAUUCGUGAGAAUGAGUGUGAUUGAAUUUUUCUUUUAUUUAUGAUUUUUAAAGAAAACGAAAAUAUAAAAUUACUUAAAUAUGUAAUUAUUAUAAAUAAUAAAUUUAUAUACAUAGAUAUUUAAUUGUUUGUGAGUUGUCAGAGAGAAAGAGAGAAUUAGAUUUUUUUUUCUUUUUUAACUCGAGCAAGAAUGUGUAUCAUGAAAAUAAAUUCAACGCUUUAUAAAUUAUUAAGAGAUCAUCAGCAAUAAAUCAAAGCAUUUAUCACAUCAGAAA